AUGGAUCGACCAUUAAGCACCGAAAAACACUCUAGUGGUGCUAAUCCAGAUAUCGCGCCUGUCCAAGAGCACCCAUCUACUUCCUACGAAGGCAACCCUCCGACUACCUAUGAAGACACCGAGAAGACCAGAUGGGAACGUCUUUGGCCAGUCAUCGCUUGCGGUGCUGGUCUAUUCAGUGACGGAUACCUGAAUGGUGUCAUCGGGUUUGUCUCUACUAUGCUCGGAAAGAUUUAUCCUGAUGCCUAUGCUUCUUCUCCCGCCCAACGCAACGUUUCGUCCAUCACCUUUGCUGGAACUGUGGUUGGUAUGUUGAUAUUUGGCUAUACUUCUGAUCAUUACUCUCGCAAGUGGAGUUUGUUUGCCAGUACUGUUAUUUUGAUUCUCUUCGCUGCACUCAGUGCAGGCAGCUACGGAGCUGGUGGUAGUGCCUCUGGCCUGUUCGCUGCCUUGACCGCUUGGCGUUUCCUGCUGGGUAUUGGAAUCGGUGGUGAAUAUCCCGCAGGCAGUGUAGGUUGUGCCGAAAGCACUGGAGAACUCAAGAGCGGCACCAGAAAUAGGUGGUUUAUCCUGUUCACGAACGUCCAGAUUGAUAUUGGAUUCGUGGUUUCUGCGCUGGUGCCCAUGAUUGUGGUUCUCUGCACAGGCGAAAAUCACCUCCGCGCCGCCUGGCGCAUCUGCCUGGGUCUCGGUGUAAUCCCUCCACUUUCCCUUCUGUACCUCCGUCUUAAGCUCAACGAGCCUGAAGCCUAUCGCCGCGAAACUAUGGCGAAAGCAAAGACACCCUGGCUCUUGGUCUUGAAGUUCUACUGGUGGCGAUUGACCAUUGUCUCAUUGAUCUGGUUCAUCUAUGACUUCUCGGGCUACUCCUUCUCGCUGUUCAGCUCGACUAUCGUGGACAACCUUCUAGGCAGCAACUCUGCACUUUGGAAGUCUUUCGGUUGGACUACUUUGAUCUACCUCUUCUAUCUCCCAGGCUGCAUUGGCGGUUCUUUUGUCAGUGACUGGCUGGGUCCUAAAUUGACUUUGGGCAUUGGUGUUCUUGCUCAAGGUAUCGUUGGAUUUAUCAUGGCAGGCGUGUACAGCUACCUUGCCCGCCCUUCAAACGUCGCUGGUUUCGUUAUCGUCUACGGUGUCUUCCUUGCGCUUGGAGAGUUCGGACCAGGCGACAACAUUGGUCUUAUCGCUUCCAAAUCCUGCGCCACUGCCGUCAGAGGCCAAUACUACGGUAUCGCAGCUGCAAUCGGCAAGAUCGGUGCCUUCGUAGGCGACCAAGUUUUGGCUAUUCUGUAUGACCGCUACAAGGACACUGACAUGGUCAAGGCUGGCCAAUACCCCUUCUUUGUGUCCAGCUCAUUGUGUAUCUUGAGCGCUUUCAUUGCGCUUUUCUUGUUGCCUCACAUUGGUCAAGAUACCAUCGAUGAGGAGGACAGAAAGUUCAGGGCCUACUUGGCGGAGCAUGGAUACGAUAUCAGUCAGAUGGGUGUGCAGCAGAGUGCUGAGCACAUUGUUGGACAGAGUGAGGUUGAGGGUACCGAGGCUACAUCUGAGACGGUGGGCAAGGCUUGA